AUGAAGCAUCAGUCAGACAGAGCUGUUUUGUUGAAUGCUCUGCAUGAUCAAAAGAAAGGCCAUGGCCGCAGCCUCACACCACAUCCCGCACCUAAUGUUGCUCUGGCCCGGACACCGGGUCGUAUGGCGCUGCUAGCGCUGGUGCAGGAUUUUCAGCCGUUAGCACCGGCGAGAAUAUUCAGCGGUGACCGUAUUUCCCGCAAGGACCCUAUAUACUCCAGCAUUGCUCUGUGUAUACGUGCGCUGCUGCCCGUCACAGCACUCAACUGGAAGGUAAUGGACAUGUCCAUGUUCAGCUUGCUGUCCGCAUAUAUGGGAGGGCUCAGAGGGGAUGCAAAGCUCGCUGCCCUGGCUCAGUCGUCAUAUGUGUCCGCGCUGGGUGAAUCGCAUACCCAUAUCCAACAGGUGGUCAAAAAGUACACGCGCGAUCCAGGAUCUACCGCGCCGCUACAUGUACUUCUAUUGAUUACCGUGGCAUUCCAAGCAUUUGAGCUUCUGAACAAUGAACAAGGACUCAACAGUGCCCUUGAAGCGCAUGUUGGCGGUGCACUAGAGGUCUUGAAAAUGUCAGGGCCAGAGACGUACGAAACAGAGCACUUACGGCAGGCGUUCAGUGGUUUCAGAGGCAUCCUUGUAAGCUAUCCACCCUCGACAAAAGAUCUUCACUAA